AUGGAACUUGAUGUGUACUCAUCUCUGCGGCCACAUGUUAUAUACAUAUAUAUAUAUAUAUAUAUAUAUAUUUGUCUGUGUGUGUGUGUAAGAUGUUUGAUGUUAUUACUGAAGCUUCCUUCUUUUUUUUUUUUUUUUUGCUGGGCGGAGGGUAAAGGACUUCCUCACUUCCUCUCACUCUUGUGUGUGCCCCCAAUGAAGAAUUUGACAUACAAGACGGUUCGUGGCGGGGCAUGGGGGAAGACAUCCUCACGUGUCGUCAUUGCCCAUGGACUUCUUGGAAACAGCUCGAACUGGGCGACAGUUUCACGUCGACUGGCAGAACACGACCUCCUGCGUUCCAAACUGCACGAGAUUGACAUGCUUGACAUGCGUAACCACGGUAAUAGCCCACACGCCUCGCCGCACACGAACGCCGUGUUGGCAUCGGAUCUUGAGGUGUUUACCCUGCAGCGACAGGCGGUUGCUUCGCCCCCUGACGACGGAGGUGUGGUGCUAAUCGGUCACAGUAUGGGAGGGUUGGCGUUGAUGGCAAUACUACUCCGCCGCGCAAACGAGUCGUCGCUACUGCUGCCAAGUAUGGAGGAGCUUCAGAUGCGUUUAGCCCGUGGGGAUUACUACGGGUGGAAGGACGAACAAGGGUUUGCUCAAGAAAUGCGUUCUGUCAACGAGUCGAUGGGUUUCCCUGCUCAGCAACCACUUGAUGCUCUCUUUGGUUGCAAGGAGGCUGUUUCUCCUGCAUCCUCACGUCAUUCACCAAAAAAAGAGCAAAAAAGGGGUCCGCGUGUCAAUGCGGCCGUCGUUGUGGAUAUUGCACCGACGAGUCGUGUUGGAUCGCAAAGUGCUCGAGCACAGAGUGUGGCCGUAACGCUUGACGCCAUGGCGAGGGCGGAUUUAUCGCGAAUGACUAGCAUUAGGGAUGCCACUGAGGAGCUUGAACGGGUUGGAGUGCGUGAAAAGGCCAUGCGAGACUUUCUCCUAACGAACCUUAUCCUGGACAGCAAGACGGGAAAAUCGAAAUGGCGCUGUAAUCUUCCGGUACUUUGUACCGAUUACAAUCGGAUGGAGUUGGGUCUGCUUGACUGGUUUCUUAACGCUCCGGUUGAGGGGGGUUGUUCAGAUGGCGGUAUGGUGGCCCCGACCCGAUGCGCAAUUCCAACGCUUUUUGUAUUUGGAAGUGAGUCGCCGUACAACAGGCCUGAGGAUCGGCUUUUGAUUGAUCGCUUUUUCUCAAACGUGACGCAGGCGGAGGUGGUUGGGGCUGGUCAUUUUGUCCACUAUGAAAAAAUGCAGGAGUUUGUGGAAACAGUGGCGCCCUUUCUUGCGAGGUACCUUUUGAACACCGAAAAAGGAGGGAAAUGA